CGGAGCCCAAGCGAACGCAAGGACAACACCCUGCCUCAGCGUCAAGCCUGGUUUUCUAUCUUUCGACUUACAAGAGAGUGGGGCACAGCGGGUACAGCGGGUACAGCGUCACUUACUAGAGUCGAAGCCCGCUUCCACGACAAAGACGGAGUACUCACGCCUGACGCAACCCUCCAUCUCCUACUAUCUGACUUCUUUACCGCUAAUCGUCCAGACCUGAACACCUAUGGCAUCUCUAUCACCCACAAAGAGCUCGCUAACCUUCUUGCUGAUGCUGAGGCGGUGCAGGCGGAUGUCGACAAGGGCGUUGAGAGCGCCCAGAGUUCGUUCGACUGUGAGUGGACAUACAACAAGAGGCCGUUAUGACAUGGUCGGAACCCCCAUCCUAGUUCUACCCUUUCCACUUCCUUACGAUCCUCGGGCUUGGGAGGCAACUGUUCCAUUUCUACGCAAGUGGGGUUGGGUCGUCCGAGAGUGUCGAGAGCUCCUUGUUUCUACUAAUUACUGGCGUGAGAAGAGGGGAGAGAAGCGUCAUCUAUCCUUCGAUGUCGGAUUCAGUAUCACCGUCGACUCGAUUCUUCUGCACUGGUGAGCGUCGUUUCAUGUCGUUAUCGAUCAAGCUCCAUCGAUGAGAGCUGUUCCCUGGCAGUAUCAAGUCGGUGCAGAGUGCAGAGCGCAGAGCGC